CCGCCCAGUCAACCCCACCUUCACCAACCAACCUCCCAUCAACCAAACCCAGCAACAACAACAAAGAAACAAAAAAAAAAACCCAGACAAUGACAACAACAGCACCCCCCACACUCGCGAUACCAGGCCAGCUCCUCGGCCCGGCGUCGCGCUACCAGCCCGGGCCGGGCACGCACCUGCACGACGCCAACCUGUACGCCUCGCUGCUGGGGCACGUGCACGUCGCCCAACCGCAGCAGUCCCAACAACAACAGCAGCAGCAGCAGCGGCGCGCCCCAGGCCCCGCCAAGCGCCUGACCAAGAUCACGCCGGCGCCGGCUCCGACGCCGCCGGCCGAGCUGCCGACUAUCUCGGUGUCCGUGGCCGCGGCGGGGGGCGGGGCGGGGGCGGGGGCGGUGGUAGUAGGAGAUGGGGGGCCGGUAGCGGGGGAGCGCAAGCAGAAGAAGAAGCGGGAGGUGCUGCCCGAGGUGGGCAACGUGGUGCUGUGCCGGGUGGUGCGCAUCACGCCGCGGCAGGCGGUGGUGGCGAUCCUGGUGUGCGGCGACUCGGUGCUGGAGGCCGAGUGGCAGGGCCUCAUCCGCGUGCAGGACGUGCGGGCGACGGAGAAGGAUCGUGUCCGGAUUUAUGAGAGCUUUCGGCCGGGGGAUGUGGUCAGGGCGGAGGUGAUCUCGCUGGGUGAUCAGGCGAAUUAUUACCUGUCGACGACGAGGAAUGAGUUGGGGGUGGUGUUGGCGGUGAGCGAGGCCGGGAAUACGAUGCAGCCGGUCAGUUGGAAGGAGUUUCGGGAUCCGGAGACGGGGGCCAUGGAGUUGAGGAAGGUCGCGCAGCCACAGCCGCAGUGAGUUGGAGCCACUCUGGACUGGAUUGGAGCAGAUAUGCUUCACUCACGCCGGCUACGAUGAUACCCCGACAGGCUGCCGUGACAUAUGGAGGGCAGGCGUGUGCCCACGUCGCCAGAAACACCCCAACAGCUGACGGCCCAUUUCGCAGCUGAGCACGGCCGCAUUUUGUCAGACAUCAAAGAUACCGAGUGGGAGUAUUUUGAUCUCUCCGGCUUUACUCACGGGAG